AUGAUCCCGUCCGCAGCUACGUCUUGGAAGUGUAAAUUUAUCCUCCCGGACCUCGGCCCAAUUGGUGCAACCUAUUUGGCCAACCCCCGCGACUUUGUGCACCCCACCGCGUGCCAUGACGUACUUGCCCUUCAACGUCGUGGCGUGGCAGGGAACUACGUGCCGUGCAAGUACAACUUGGACCACUUUUGCACAAUGAACACAGUCAACUACGAUCACCCCGACCCGUCCAUCUACACCGUUUUGACGUGUCAAACAGACUACCAGGCUGCGCCGUCGCUGACUUCGUCUCAUUUUCCCGCCCCGAUGGAUGGUCCAAGAGAAAACUUUCCGUCCUCCUUACUACCAUCGCAACCACAUGACCGAAUUCUCAGCAUGAUCUACGGCCACUACGAUGCCAAGACGGACGACGGCUUCGUGCCUGGGAAAGCGUCCUACACAGCUGCCACACGACUUGAAAAUUAG